AUGGACAAUGUGGAAACCGUGGCUGAGGUGGUGGAUAGUAACUGGUUACCAGAGAAAAAGGCUUUGAUCCCAGCAUAUUCUGCCCUCUUUUCUACUCACUUUGGCUACAUAGCACAGCAGUCACUGAAAAGAAGAGGGAGUAAAGACCUGCCAAAAUCAGAAAAAAAGUCGCAGCAGACACCAACAGAGGAGGACAAUGAAGACCUGAAAUGCCAGCUGCAGUUUGUCAAAGAAGAAGCAGCCUUGAUGAGGAAGAAAAUGGCUAAGAUUGAUAAAGAGAAAGACAGAUUUGAACAUGAGCUGCAAAAAUAUAGAUCGUUUUAUGGGGAUUUGGACAGUCCCUUGCCAAAAGGUGAAGCAGGUGGGCCACCUACCACAAGAGAAGCUGAACUCAAGCUUCGAUUGAGACUUGUGGAGGAGGAAGCUAAUAUUCUUGGGAGGAAAAUAGUGGAGCUAGAAGUAGAAAAUAGAGGACUGAAAGCAGAGCUUGAUGAUUUAAGAGGAGAUGAUUUCUCAGGGACUGCUAACCCUCUCCUGGGAGAGCAGAGUGAAUCCCUGUCAGAAUUACGACAGCAUUUGCAGCUAGUAGAAGAUGAAACAGAAUUGCUGAGGAGAAAUUUAGCUGAUGUAGAAGAACAAAACAAGCGCAUAACAGCUGAGCUGAACAAAUACAAGUACAAGUCUGGGGCCCACGAGAGCUCUAGACACCAUGAUAAUGCCAAGACAGAAGCAUUACAGGAGGAGCUGAAAGCUGCACGAAUGCAGAUCAAUGAGCUGAGUGGGAAAGUCAUGCAACUCCAGUAUGAGAACAGAGUCUUAAUGUCCAACAUGCAACGCUAUGACUUGGCCUCUCAUCUUGGGAUCCGUGGCAGUCCCAGAGACAGCGAUGCGGAAAGUGAUGCAGGAAAAAAAGAGAGCGAUGAUGAUUCCCGUCCCCCUCACCGCAAAAGGGAAGGCCCCAUAGGUGGGGAAAGUGACUCGGAGGAGGUACGCAACAUUCGGUGCCUGACACCCACGAGGUCUUUUUAUCCGACACCAUCUGGGUGGCAGAAAAGCUUCACUGACAGGCAGCAGAUGAAGGACAUUCGCUCUGAAGCUGAGCGGCUGGGCAAGACAAUAGAUCGCUUAAUUUCUGACACGAGCACCAUCAUAACAGAGGCGAGAAUUUAUGUAGCUAACGGGGACCUCUUUGGACUGAUGGAUGAGGAAGAUGAUGGCAGCAGAAUACGUGAGCACGAGCUUCUUUACCGGAUCAAUGCACAGAUGAAGGCCUUCAGGAAAGAGCUCCAGGCUUUCAUUGACAGACUCGAAGUUCCAAAGUCUUCGGACGAUCGAAGUGCAGACGAACCUUUGUCAAAAGUCACAGACGCAAUAAGAAGUGCAAGAGACAUAGUUUCUGUAAUAGCCACUGCUGUAAAAACACUGAAGACUACUUGUUUACCAAAACCAACCCAAAUAAACUGCAAAAAACAUACCAAAAAGUCACCCAGUUGA